GAGUAUGUGACUAACGACUGAUACGUCUGAAAUGAAAAUCCACUGAAGUUGGAGAGAAACCACCGACCAAGCUCUUAUUAUUCGCAUUAUCCCCAAAGACCCCACGUCCUACGAUAUAGGAAUUAAUGCUCCACUACUACCACCAUGAUCGAAGACGAAAUAUAUAAAACCUCCACACAAUUCCGGAUAUGGUCCUUCACAAAAGAAUCCCUAAAGUCAUUACGAGCGAAUACAAAUGCCGUCGCUUGCGAGCAUCUUCGAGCUGCCCAGAACCGAGCGCGUGAGGUGCCUCGAUCUGCGACCCCUUCGACGAGCGGUAACCUGACGCCGAACCCAAGUGAUAAUGAAGCAAAGGCGGAAGCAGCACUUGGGAAAGAUGUCGAGUGUUUGACUGCAGAGGAGGAGCUUAUGUUUGUGAGCUAUUAUUGCGAACAAGCUCUGGAGCUAGGUGAUAAUUAUAAGCCACCGCUGCCGACUAUGGUCAGGGCAACUGCUAUACAAUACCUUCGUCGAUUCUACCUUACAAAUUCCGUCAUGACCUACCACCCUAAGACGAUCAUGCCUUGUGCGCUUUUCCUGGCCACAAAAACCGAUAACUAUUAUCUCUCCUUAAACGAAUUUGCAAAAUCUGUGCCUAAAAUAGACAGACCUGCAGACGUCAUUGCGCCAGAAUACACAUUAACACAAGCUCUCAGAUACACCUUUGACGUGCGCCAUCCGUUCCGGGGUUUGGAGGGUGGGAUCAUGGAGCUCCAAGCAAUUGCUCAAGGCGAGGGACGGCCUGGACCUUUGAAUACGGGACAAACCCCCGAAAUCAUGAAGCAGGCCAUUAAUAGCAUAGAACCAAUACCGGGAUCUGACAAAGGAUCAAUAUCUUCCCGAAUAUCACUCGCCCACGACAACGCUCGAGACAUAUUAAAGAAGGCUGCGCAAAUGACGGAUGCCUAUUUCUUUUACACACCAUCACAGAUAUGGCUCUCUGCGCUUUUCAUUGUUGACAAGCCUCUCGCUCAGUUCUAUCUAGACGCCAAAGUAGGUCCAGAUGUGAGAUCCGGCGUAGUGGAUUCCGGAAACCCGCUAGAGAUGAUUCGCAUGAAGCUAUUGACUACACUAUCCGAUUGUGUCAGUCUGUUGGAAUCAUACACACCAUUUUCUGCGAAUUCGGAGAAUCUCAAAGAACUGAAAGCCAUAGCUAAGAAGGUAUAUCAAUGCCAGAUGAUUGAGAAACUGGAUCCCGCUGCCCCCGGCAGUGGUCAGAAACGAUCGACUGGGAUAUCUGGAGCUGAAGGCGCGUCCGAAAGUGAAUUGGAGAGGGUAGCUAAAAAGAGACGUUUGGAACGUGAGAGGCGCGAAAAGGAAGGUAAGGAUAUCUUUGGCGGAGAAUUAGUGGCGCGACGGAAGAAGGCUGGUUAAAAUGAGUGUAUGAUAAAAUUUAUUGCUUGAUAAAACAUAUCCAAAUGCCUAGGUAAUAAUAGCCUCAAUAUUUCAUUGC